GCCUGGCCGGCGUGGGGGCCUCUGGGAGUUCGCCUGCGCCUAGGUUUGGCGCCAGCUGGAAGGCGUUGCGAUUCAGUGUCAAGAUGUUGCGCGUAGUAAGCUGGAACAUCAAUGGGAUCCGGAGACCCCUACAAGGGGUAUGCGAGGAGCCCAGCAACUGUACCGCCAUGGCCAUGGGGCGCGUUUUGGACAAGCUGGAUGCCGACAUCGUCUGUCUUCAGGAGACCAAAGUGACCAGGGAUGUGCUGACGGAGCCCCUGGCUAUCAUUGAGGGCUAUAACUCCUAUUUCAGCUUCAGCCGCAACCGUAGUGGCUAUUCUGGUGUAGCCACCUUCUGUAAGGACAGUGCUACUCCAGUGGCUGCCGAAGAAGGCCUGAGUGGCCUACUUGCCACUCACAAUGGGGACGUGGGUUGCUAUGGAAACAUGGAUGAGUUCACCCAAGAAGAGCUUCGGGCUCUGGAUAGUGAGGGCCGGGCCCUCCUCACACAGCACAAGAUCCGCACAAGUGAAGGGAAGGAGAAGACCUUGACCCUAAUCAACGUGUACUGCCCUCACGCGGACCCUGGGAAGCCUGAGCGGCUGGCCUUUAAGAUGCGCUUCUAUCGCUUGCUGCAGACCCGAGCAGAAGCCCUCCUGGCAGCUGGCAGCCAUGUGAUCAUUCUGGGUGACCUGAAUACAGCCCACCGCCCCAUUGACCACUGGGACGCAGUCAACCUGGAAUGCUUUGAAGACGACCCAGGGCGCAAAUGGAUGGACAGCUUGCUCAGUAACCCGGGGUGCCAGGCUGAGUCCCAUGUAGGGCCCUUCAUUGAUAGCUAUCGCUGCUUCCAGCCAAAGCAGGAGGGGGCCUUCACCUGCUGGUCAGUAGUCAGUGGCGCCCGCCCUCUGAACUAUGGCUGCCGGCUUGACUAUGUGCUGGGGGACAGGACCUUGGUCAUAGACACCUUCCAGGCCUCCUUCCUGCUACCUGAGGUGAUGGGCUCUGACCACUGCCCCGUGGGUGCAGUCUUGAGUGUGUCCUCUGUGCCUGCCAAACAGUGCCCACCUCUGUGCACGCGCUUCCUCCCUGAAUUUGCAGGCACCCAGCUCAAGAUCCUUCGCUUCCUGGUUCGUCUCGAACAAGAUCCUGUGUUCAGGCAGUCGGCGCUGCAGCUCAGCGAUCAAACCCAGGUACAGAUGCGCCAAAACAAAGCCCGUGUGCGCUCAGCCCGGCCUCGGCCAAGUCAGGCUGGCUCCAGCAGAGGCCAGAAAAACCUGAGGAGCUACUUCCAGCCAUCCUCCAGCCAUCCCCAAGCUUCUCCUAACUUGGAGCUUCCUAGCCUGGGCAUGACCCCAAAGACCCAAGAAGAGGAGGUGAUGGCCAAAGUGGUAGAGGAGCAGGCCAAGGCUUCAGAGGCCAAGGAUGAGAAGGAGCUACGGACCUCAUUCUGGAAGUCUGUGCUUGGGGGGCCCUCGCCCAUGCCCCUCUGCGGGGGCCACGGGGAGCCAUGUGUGAUGCGAACUGUGAAGAAGCCAGGACCCAACCUAGGCCGCCACUUCUACAUGUGUGCCAGGCCCCGUGGUCCUCCCACUGACCCCGCCUCCCGCUGUAACUUCUUCCUCUGGAGCAGGCCCAGCUAAACCAACGCAGGCCCAAGGAUGUCUGUCAUGGUCAACUCUGUACAUGAUCUGAGGCCAGCUCCCUCCUAUGCUGCCUCUGUCUCCUCCAAGGCCUUCUUCCCCUCCUCUUCCUCCACCUCCUCCUCCUCCACCUUCCCCAAGGACCCCUCCCUUUCCUCUUUCUCUUCCUCCUCUAAGGCCUCUCUUCCUCUCUCUUCUUUCUGCCUAGCUCUAAUCAUUGGUGAGCUUCUUGUGCCUUAAUGCUGCGACCUAGACCCUACCCCACUUCCCACCUUCCUGUCAGAAGUACACAGGAACCAGUUGCCUCAGGAAGUUGUGAUUUCAAACCCCUUCCUUCCUUGCUGGGAAAUGUAUCUGUGCCUAAAUAAAGUUUGUGUCUUUGUUUUA